AUGGAUAACCAAAAAAUUCAAGUAGCAGUUCUUGCCACAGUUGCAUCUAUCCUCGUUGUGGGAGCUAUAAUAUUAGAAGAUAUUAGGUCUAGGAGAUUUAUAAUUAGGCAACCUCGUGUGAACCGGGAUUAUGAAAGAGAAGGUUUUAUAAGUGAUAUUCUUCAUCGAGGUGACGCACGUUGCAGUUUUAUGAUAAGAAUGAGACUUGUAGCUUUCUAUGAAUUAUGUAGAAUUCUUGUUGAGAGAAAUUUGGUACGUGAGACUAUCUACAUGUCUGUUACAGAGCAAGUGUUGAUGUUUUUGCAUAUUAUUGGCCAUAAUGUUAGGUUUCGAGUCGUUGCUACCAGGUUCCAUAGAUCGAUUGAGACAGCUUAUCGAUAUUUUAAAAUUGUCCUUAAAGCAGUUUUGCAGUUAUAUAGGCAUGUUGUUAGAUUAUCUAACAACUCUACACCCCCAGUGAUAAGGAAUAGUAGAAGGUUUUAUCCUUACUUUAAGGAUUGUGUGGGAGCAAUUGAUGGAACUCAUGUCCGUGCAUUUGUUCCAAUUGAAAUCCAAGGAAGGUUUCGUGGUCGAAAGGGGGGGACAACACAAAAUGUGUUAGCUUCAGUUUCGUUUGACUUAAGAUUCACCUAUAUGUUAGCUGGUUGGGAAGGCAGUGCUCAUGAUUCUCGUAUUUUAAAUGAUGCACUUAGUAGACCAAGGGGACUUAAAAUUCCAGAAGGUAAAUAUUAUCUUGGUGAUGCCGGUUAUGGAAAUAGACCUGGAAUCUUGUCUCCUUAUCGAAGUAUUCGAUAUCAUUUGAAAGAGUUUCGUGAUCAUCCACCUGAAAAUGCAAAAGAAUUAUUCAACCUUCGUCAUUCUUCGUUGCGAACUACCAUUGAGCGAGGGUUUGGAGUUAUAAAAAAACGUUUUCAUGUCUUGGAUGCAGAACCAUUUUGGUCUUUUAAUACACAAGUGAAUGUAGUUUUAGCAUGUGGUGUUAUUCACAAUCACAUCAUGGGGGUUGAUCCUAAUGACCCAAUUAUGCAAGAUGGAACAUUUGAGACAGAGUCUAGUGAUCGAGUCCAACCUAGCCGACGCGAAGCUAUAGUGGAAAGUAGAGAAUGGAAUAAUAAGAGGGAUGAGAUAUGUCAAGCAAUGUGGGCUGACUACAUAAUUAGGUGA